AUGCAUGCUUCCACCCCAGCAGGAGACACGGCAGCCAAUCAGUCAGGCACAUCCACAGGCCCACUCCCCUUCAGCAAAGUGCUGGUGGCAAACCGCGGCGAGAUAGCAUGCCGCGUGUUGCAGACAGCCAAGCGGCUGGGCAUCCCCACAGUGGCUGUGUACAGCGAGGCUGACCGGACAUCCCUGCAUGCCAGCCUUGCUGACGAGGCCUUCUGCAUAGGCCCUGCAGCUGCCAGGGACAGCUACCUUCGCAUGGAGCGCAUCUUGGAGGUGGCUCUCAAGACAGGGGCUCAGGCGGUGCACCCCGGCUAUGGGUUCCUUUCAGAGAACACCACCUUUGCAGGCAUGUGCGAGGACAAUGGCAUCUCUUUCGUUGGGCCCCCUGCCUCUGCCAUCGCCUCCAUGGGCAACAAGAGUGAGGCAAAGGCGCUGAUGGCUGGAGCAGGGGUCCCUGUUGUGCCUGGCUACCAUGGUGACGACCAGGAUGAGUCCCUGCUCUUUGAAGAGGGGCACAAGGUGGGCUUCCCCCUGCUUGUCAAGGCGGUCCUGGGAGGCGGCGGCAAGGGCAUGAAGCUUGCAAACUCCGCCAGAGAGCUGCCGGAGGCGCUGAGUUCAGCCAAGCGCGAGGCGGCGGCAUCGUUCGGCGACGAGCGCGUGCUGCUGGAGCGCUACAUAACGCGGCCGCGUCACAUCGAGGUCCAGAUCUUCGCGGACACCCUCGGUAACGCGGUCUACCUCUUCGAGCGCGACUGCAGCAUGCAGCGCCGGCAUCAGAAGGCAGGCACCUCUCUAGUGAUAGAGGAGGCGCCGGCGCCGGGGAUCAGCGAGGACUUCCGGCGCAGCAUCGGUGAAGCUGCCGUGGCGGCCGCGCGCGCCGUCGGCUAUGUCAACGCGGGCACGGUGGAGUUCAUCGUGGACACUGACACCGGCGACUAUUACUUCAUGGAGAUGAACACCCGCCUUCAGGUGGAGCAUCCGGUGACAGAGGCCAUCACAGGGCAGGACCUGGUGGAGUGGCAGCUACGCGUGGCUGCCGGCCAGCCCCUGCCGCUGCUGCAGGACCAGCUCAAAAUCCUGGGGCAUGCGUUUGAGGCGCGGGUGUACGCGGAGAGCCCCGAGCGCGGCUUCAUGCCCGGCACCGGCACACUGCAGCGCUGGCGCAUCCCUCACGGCGCCGUAUCCUUCAGCCACAUCGGGGACGUGCGUGUGGACAGCGGGGUCCGCAAGGGGGACCAGGUUGGGGUGCACUAUGACCCCAUGAUUGCCAAGCUCAUUACCAAGGGUCCGGAUCGGCAGACUGCGCUCGACAACCUCCACACCGCCCUCUCAGAGCUGCAGGUGAGCGGGCUGCCGACGAAUGUCACCUUCCUGAAGCGUUUGGCAAGUCACCCGGCGUUUGCAGCGGUGGAGCUGGACACCUCCUUCAUAGCCAAGCAUCUAAACUCCCUCACAGCCGCAGCGCAGCCCCCGGCCAAGGUUGUGGCGCUGGCCGCUCUUGCUCGCCACAUGCUCCAAGUCCAGGUCAGCCCUGGCUUGUUCCCCCUCCUUCAUGCCAGCAAUCAUGUGCUUAACAUUUUCUUCAACGGUAAUGGUCAACACUCGCUCCAUGUGCCAGGGAAAGCAUGCAUAUGCACACCACUUACGAAAUGGUAA